UCACUUUCUCCUCAGUUUAGUUGAACACUAGCAGACCUGAUAUGAAGUACAUCGUAUUCUUCGCUCUCCUCGCUUCCUUAGCAAUCUCAUGCUCGGCCAGGCAUAGGCUGGUCAGACAAGCAGUUGAAGAAACUGAUACCUCAACCCCUGCAGAAACCACUUCAGCUUCUACAGCACAGCAGAAUUCAGCAGUUGAAGAAACAACAGCUGCUGUUGAGGUGGAAGAGAACAAGGUGGAGGAAGAGAAGGAUGAUGCUGAAAUGAGUGCUGAGAUUAUCAAGGAGGAGAAUGUUGAGAAAUGUCAGAAGUGUUUGAAGCCGACCUUUAAGUUUAAGCACGAGGCAUUCUGUGGAAAAUGCGCAGCACAGAAGAUAAUUGACGCAGAAGAAGCCGAGGAACUUUCUGACGCUAUACAGUGCAAGAAAUGCCUGAAAGCCAAGUACAAGGCCCGGCAUGAGGAGUUCUGCUCCAACGAGUGCGUAGAUAUGGAGGAGGAGAAGGAGGUUGAGAAGAAGGUAGAGGAGAAGGAGGAGGAAAUUGUUACUGAAAGCGUAAAGAUGGUAGAUGCAGAGGAAGAUGAGGAAAAAGAAGAGGAGGAGGUUGAGGCAAGUUCCACAGAGAACCAAGUUAACAAGAAGAAUAAGAACAAGAGGAAGAAGAACAAGAACCAAAAUAAGAAGAAUGCAAACAAGUUCACUACUGAAAUGGAUGAAGAAAAGGUUGAGGAGACGACUACUAUGAAAAUAGUUGAGCUGGGUCCUCUAGGAAACCUCAUCAAAGCCCUCGUUGUCCAAAAUACAUGGGUCAGCUAGACCUAGAAUAUCAGUUUUCAUCAAUAAUGUAUCUUCAUAAAACCAAAAAUAGUCUAAUUAAAUACUUGCAUUCAUGCAUCGCCUUUUA